AUGCCAAAUAGGACGGAUAGAGAGAGGAGAAGCCAUGCCAAGUCCCGCUUUGGCUGCGAUCAAUGCAAAGCGCGUCGUGUCAAGUGCGACGAGAUCCGACCUUUGUGCUCCAAUUGCACUCGGAGAAAGGAGCCAUGCUCGUACGAAAACCCAACUCUUCGCCCUUCUCUGGGUGCAAGCGGACCUGGCCAGACCGGAUACGCCCAACAACGCCAGGCACACACCAAAGAGCUCGAACUCAUGCAUCAGUACAGCAUCUCGACUUACGAGAGCAUUUCAAUACAAGCUCCAUCUGUACACAAUGCACUCGCCGUGAUGCCACGUCUCGGGCUGGAGCACCCGUUUCUUCUCGACGCCCUUUUUGCAUUCACAUCUCUGCACAUCGCAUAUCUCAAGCCUGGCGAGGCUCAAGAACGUAUCGUGGAAGCUUCGAGGUAUCAGUCGCAGGCACUGGCAUACUGUCGCCAGCAACUUCCGAUCUUGRGUGCCGCGGAGUGUCAAGCUAUGUUCCAUUGCUCGGCAGCCCUUGGGAUGCUGGCUUUGGCGGUGCGAGCUGUGGAUUCGACUACGCGGACCAGUUUGAGACCAACGGAAACUGCACAUCAACUAGCUCACUUGUGGAGAGGCACGAUUUAUGUGUUGAGAGCCGCGGCGGAUUUGGUCGACGCUGAUACCUAUGCCACCCUCUUUCCACCAUAUGGGUGUAAGCAUAACAACCUGGAGAUGUUGUCUCCACGGGCUGAGGAAUUCUUUGAACUUUUGCGCCGCAGAGCAAACGAGUGUGGACAUCGCAAGCCUAAGACCCCCCCUCAAGACGCAAACCUGAUGUGUGCAGCUCCAGACAUAAACACUGCCGGCGAACACGAACCUGGUACUGAGUACAUUGCCGCCAUUGACUUGCUCCAGGAAGUAUUCGUUGUGCAUCGAGAUGAACCGAACAGGAUUCUGGCAUGGCUCCUCUUUGUAGGAUCGCCCUUCAUGGAUGCUUUGAGCAACCAGGAACCAUUGGCGAGCGCUAUUGUCUUGUUGUGGAGUGUCACCUUCCGCGAGCUCGAGAGCAAUUGGUGGGCUACGGGCUAUCGUAAGCAGCUUGUGGACGAGCUUGUACCACUGGUCUCGGAGAUAGAUCCCAAUUUUGCGGAGCUCGCAGCGUGGGUGCAACGUCAAACAUGA